AUGGGCAAGACGAUCAUCACGAAAUACAUGACCAGGCGGCCGAAGCCAGCGAAGCCUCAACUGCAGUUGAACAAGAUGAAGAAGCUCGAAACAAAGAAGACUCUCUGGGCCGAAGAAACGUCUCGCCAGCUGAAGGAGGCCAAGCGCCUCGCAGAAAGCCUGCAACUGGAGCGUCCGAGAGUGUCAGAGUUCGAUCUCAAGACCAUGUCAUUCGUCGGAGACCUGAGGAGCGAAGUCACCCAGCUAGAAUAA